UUUCCAAAUUUAGGACACAAGUAAAACCAAGUUAAUAUACAUAGACAAAUUAACAGUUUUUUUUUAAGUUAAUAUGUAAAAAUCUUAUUGUAGUAUUAGAUAUACAUACGCAUAAUACAUUAGUAGAGUAAACCAAUUAAAAAUCAAUUGCUUAAUAAGAUCGUACAAAGUAAAUGUGGGACAAAAUUUUUCUUCUCAGUCAUAAGAAUUGUCUGAGAUUUACUGUCUACAUUUCACUUUUCAUUGCAUACGUUUAAACCCCACAUUAUAUAAUAAUGAAUAUUAAUAUGGGAGAAACAUUCCCUUUAAUAAUAUUAUUAAUAUCAAACAAAAUCUCACAUUAUUAUUUCUGCAGUAAUCAUGUCCACAUGGCAGCCCCAAAAUUUGUCUUCAACAUGUGCAAACGCAAACAGUCCCUUUGCGCCCAUUUCGACAUGCCAAAAUUCGACUUUCGUGUUCCUGCAAAUGCUGACAAGCUUUUUUGGCCGUCCUGCAAAUAGAUACUACGAGACCGAUCAGCAGGAGCAGUUUUCUGAGAGCAUAAAGAGGAGCCGCUAAAAGGCCAACCAAAGCAGCCGGAGCCCAGAAUUUUCCAGCAGGGGAUAAGUGACUACGACUUUAUUAUUAUCGGAGCUGGUACAGCGGGCUGCGUUAUGGCCAACAGGCUGUCGGAGAUCGAAGGCUGGAAAGUUCUUCUUCUGGAAGCAGGCAUAGAAGAACCCCAAGUUGCAGAUGUACCGGCUUUUGCACCAUCCCUGCGUCGCUCCCUGAUAGAUUGGGAAUUUCAAACUCAACCCCAAAGAACCAACUGUCGAGCACGUCGUAACCAGCGAUGCAUUUGGCCCCGUGGACGCGUCAUGGGCGGCACAUCAACCAUAAACUACAUGAUCUAUCUUAGAGGAGCGCCUGAAGACUACAAUGACUGGGCUGCAAUGGGGAAUCCAGGAUGGAGCUACGAUGAGGUAUUGCCAUAUUUUUUGAAGAGCGAGGAUAACAGAAACAUAUAUAAUGUUGACAAAGAAUACCAAGGAACCGUAAGUCAACAAUAUCAUGCCAGCAAUGGAGAAUGGACUGUAGAAUAUUACCCUUAUCAAGACUCAAACACAUUGCUAUCUUUAGAAGCGUGGAAAGAAAUGGGUUUAGACAUAUUUGAUCAAAAUGAACCUAGACAGCUGGGUGCUAUGUUACUGCAACAUUCUUCAAGGGAUGGGGUUAGAUUAAGUACUAAUAUGGCAUUUGUAGAACCAGUUAGAUAUCAGAGAAAGAAUUUAAGGGUUAUAUCGCAAGCUUAUGUUACAAGAAUACUUAUAAAUCCAGUUACAAAGGAGGCAUAUGGGGUGGAAUAUGUACAUAACAACAGAUUGGUGCAAGCAAUGGCUGUGCGGGAGGUUAUUUUAUCUGCUGGUGUUAUAAAUUCUCCUAAAAUUCUUAUGUUAAGUGGAAUAGGUCCAAAACAAGACCUAGAAGACCUUAACAUAACGGUAGUACAGCAUUUACCAGGUGUUGGAAGAAAUCUACACGACCAUACAACCAUAGAUGGUCUUAUGAUAGCACUUUCAAACCUAACAGCGACCACAGUACAGACAGAACAACAAAAUCGUGACAUAUUUAAUUACGUUGACACCCACAGAGGUCCAAUGUCAUCUACAGGACCACUACAAAUAAACUCUUUUGUUAAAACGUCUCUUGAAACAAACCCCAAUAGAGCUGAUAUACAGUAUUCUUUGGACUCUUCAGAUGUUGGUAAUUUUUAUUCAGACCCUAUUUUAACGGAUGAAGCCAAUGUUUUACCGUUAGCUUACUAUAACGGUCUUACUAUAAGACCUGUGCUUUUAGCACCGAAAAGUCGUGGUUGGAUUACACUAAACACAACUCAUCCAGUCUUUGGACCACCUUUAAUAUACCCCAAUACUUUUGUAGAACAAGAAGAUGUUCUUCGUAUGUUAGAAGGAAUUCGCAUUGGUUUACGUUUUGGUAACACCAAAGUGUUUCAAAAUGUGGGUGCUCAGAUAGUCGCCAACGAAUUACCAGCGUGUUCUCAGUUUACGUUUGGCACAGAUGAAUAUUUUGUUUGUAUUAUGGAGCAAUAUACAACAACCCUAUACCACCCAGUUGGUACUUGUAAAAUGGGUCCUGGUAAAGACCAUUUAGCCGUAGUGGAUCCAGAGUUAAGAGUUUAUGGUAUUAAGAAUUUAAGAGUUAUUGAUUCAUCUAUAAUGCCUGUCACACCAAGAGCUAAUACUAAUACUGCAACCAUUAUGAUUGCUGAGAAAGGGUCUGAUUUUAUUAAAAUUAAAUGGAAUAAUGAGGGUGUACAUAAUAAACAUGGAGAUCAAGGGCAAAGUAUAGAUGAGAGUCUUAAUUAUGUUGCUUCAACAAAACAUAACCAUUUUACUACAAAAUAUUCUUUGAAAAGUAUAUUUGGAAGGUUUUUUAAAUCAAUAAUUUAGAUUAACCUGUUUUAAAAUAAAUAAGAGGCUAAGAUGGUCAUAUGAAACCGGCUUAUUAUGAAACCAUUCUCUAAAUGUUAGGCUAGCAAACAUCUAUUGAUUUUUAUUUAUAAGCAGUUUUGCAAAGUGGGGAACA